AGGAUAUAUGGCACCAGAAUAUGCACUAUGGGGUUAUCUAACCUACAAGGCAGAUGUUUACAGUUUCGGGGUUGUUGCAUUAGAAAUUGUUGCAGGAAAGAGCAACACAAAAUAUCGCCCGAAUGAAAAUUUUGUUUGUCUUCAGGAUUGGGCUCUUGUUUUACAACAAAAAGGGGAUUUAAUGGAUCUGGUUGAUCCAAGGUUGGGAGCUGAGUUUAACAAGGAAGAGGUAUUUAGAAUGAUCAGAGUAGCUCUGCUGUGUACAAAUCCAUCACCAGCGCUUAGGCCUAUCAUGUCAUCUGUAGUGAGCAUGCUUGAAGGCAGAACCCUUGUGCCAGAGCUGAUCAUGGAUCCCAGCAUUUUUGGAGAUGAAUCAAGGCUUGCAACCCUUAGAAACCAAUUCGGGCAAAUCCACCCACAUAACUCAGGGGAAAGUUGCUCCUUAAUUCAUUCAUCAGAUGCAAAUGCAACAUGCAGCACCUCAUCAGGAUCUUAGUAGUGUGAAUAUCAGAGAUGGUAUUUUAUUUGCAAAAAUGCUAAAAGAUAAGUAAUUGAUAUAAGGAAUUACAAACCAAUAUUACAUGUUAUUGUGAAGGACCAAAGGAGGUAUUGGUACCUAAAUAUUAAGAAUGUACAAUCCUAAAUAUGGCUGCAAAUGCAGUAAGGAAUCUAAAACCAACUUUGCUUGAUCCUCUUGUAACUUCUCUGCACUCCGAAAACUACAAGAAAUCAAAAUUGUAUGA